AUCCUUUCUCCCUCACUCGUUUGCUCACUCGCCUCCUGGCAAUUCCUCAGUUUCUCUCUCUCUCUAGGAACAGAGCAGUUCCUGGAAUCCAGUCUUGUCGUCGGCCUUAGAUCUCUCGACCCUUUUGGGCGUUCUUGUUGAAUCCUCGAACAAGAUGAAGAACAACCCGUUGCACCUCAAGUCCCUGAACCACAUUUCCUUCGUCUGCCGAUCGGCCGAGGAGUCCAUCAACUUCUACCAGAACGUCCUCGGCUUCGUCCCCAUCCGUAGGCCCGGUUCUUUCGAUUUCGAUGGCGCCUGGCUCUUUGGUUUUGGAGUCGGAAUCCAUCUGCUGGAGGCCGAGGACCCCGAAAAUAUGCCUAAGAAGACUGAGAUCAACCCGAAAGACAACCACAUCUCUUUCCAGUGCGAGAGCAUGGAGGCAGUGGAGAAGAAGCUGAAGGAGAUGGAGAUCGAGUACGUGCGGGCGACGGUAGAGGAAGGGGGGAUCCAGGUGGACCAGCUCUUCUUCCACGACCCGGACGGGUUCAUGAUCGAGAUUUGCAACUGCGACAGCCUCCCUGUCAUCCCUUUGGCUGGCGAGGUCGCUCGCGCCUGCUCCCGCGUGAACAGCCUCCAGAUGCUGCAGCCCCGGGUGAAGCAGGUGCUCCAGCAGUAGGCAGCAUCCAGAUGAAGGUCCCCUCUCCAAACAAACAUGCGAAAAGAAACAAAAAGAAAGAGAACAACUUCAAUGUAAAUCCCGUAGUGGUACAUGCUUCGAUUCUUCAGUUUGUCAUGAUUGGAUUACCCGGCGUAGUCUAAGAACAGGGAAAAUUGAAGGAAGAAAUUUGAAGAGCGUCUCUUUGUUUUUGGGGGAGAAAGAACUGAGAGACGGGUCCUUUUUUGCUGUUUACUGUCUUGUUCUGUCUUUGUUUAUGUUGGAUUGAAAAUUUGAAAUAAAGGACAACGUGAGGGUUUUUUUAA